GUGUGCUAUUCAGAGGGUUAAUGCAGGACAAAAUAUUUAAGUGCCUAUGAAUGGGGUAUGGUAGUAUGUGCCAGGCGCACCGGUUUGAAUGUGUCAAGAACUGCAACGCUGCUGGGUAUUUCACGCUCAACAGUUUCCCGUGUAUCAAGAAUGGUCCACCACCCAAAGGACAUCUAGACAACUUGAAACAACUGUGGGAAGCAUUGGAGUCAACAUGAGCCAGCAUCCCUGUGGAAUGCUUUCGACACCUUGUAGAAUCACUGUCCGACGAAUUGAGGCUGUUCUGAGUGCACCUCCGUGGGAGGGGGGGGGGGGGUGUAUCUCAAUAUUAUAUGUAUAUAUACACCUUUUAACAGAUGCUUUAAUACAAACUGUCCAGUGCCCCUCUCCUGUGGUUCCUCUGGGGGGUCAGGUCAGCUGUGAGGCCCCCUCACAUCCCUGGGGCUCUGUCUGCAACUUCAGCUGUGAUGAGGGUUACGAUCACCAGGGGGCCCCAAACAUGCAGUGUUCACGGUCAGGGGAGUGGAGCGCUGAAACACCUACCUGCACAGCCACACCUGAGCCUCCAUUGAACCCCACUAUCCUAGGCCUGGCAGCAGGGGGCGCUGUGUCAUUAUCUGGCCUGUCUCUGGCUGCAUGGCUCCUCAAACGAAUCAGACAGAAAGCUAACAAGAUUGAUCUGAACAGCACCUCAGACAUUGAGGAACCUUUACAGACCUACAGGAACAGCAUCGACAGCCUGAUAUAGAGACCAACAACAAUAACAGCAGGAACAACAGCAGGAACAGGCUGGCUCUGUUUUCAAAGAAGAUCUGCUGGUCACACCUGGAUCACAGUUCCUUCAGUAUUGUAAUGUAGUAGGUUAGAUAGCCUUGAAUCGUCUGACUGGGAGAGAGGUGCUACGUUGAGUAUACAGAAUCAUCUGUUCUCAUGAUGGUCCUACAGAAAAUGUAUUUCUUCUCCCAAAGGGAGUUUUGUAUUGAACAAAUUGUUCACCACUGGCUGGUAUAUGACCACAAGUGGACACAUUUCUUAUGAAACUGAUUUUGACAGCUAUUUUAUACAAACUACAGAAAGUUAUAUAUUGUCUUCCCCUGUAUAAUUAUUUGUAUUAUCAUAAAUAUAUUUUUAUGAUUUUACAAAACUGUGAAAACAAUGCCUUUCAGUAUUUAAGAUAUAUUUAUUUUGAAACCACAGUCUGUGUGUUACAGAAUGUCUUUUUAAAUAUAAUAAAUGUUUCAAACAUUGUCAAUAAUGUUC